AUGGCGGACAAUUCGACUGACAAGGGUCCAUGGACGAAGAUGUUGGAAUCUUUCAUCAGAUACGUUGCGUUAAACCCAAAGGAGUUUCUUCUCUAUGGUAACUAGCUAUGUAUUAAUUUUAGUCAGGUUUCUAAUGUUUUAGUUCAAACUGUUUCUCGGAAUUGACAAUGUAAUUAUUAUUACGUUGCAUUGACACAUACCGUAUUUCCUUGAAUAAUAGCCGUCCCUCGAUUAAUCGCCUCCCUUUGACGGAAAUGUUGAAAAUAAUCGCCUCCCUCGAAUGAUCGUCCCCCCCCCAACUAUAAAUUACCCGCUAGGGAUACCCAUAGCGGUAAACUUGGAGGAUGAAGCUGCUGCAUCAGUCAAUUCCAGCUGUGCCCUGCCACCGCCACCUCCCCCCUCCUCCCGGGCUACUGCGGGGCAUUUGCCCGCCUUUUCAGGCCCGGGGGUGGGGCAUUUGCAAAUUUUGCGCAGCCCGGGGACCAGACAUUUCUCAACCUUGGGGCUAUUUCUGAGCUUUUGACACGCACGUGGUUUCCUAUAAGAAUAUAACUACACAGAGGAUAUUACCGGAAAAAAGCAGAUUGGCUCAUCUGUCAAAGACAGGGGGUUAACGCAUCUUCUCGAUUUUAUGCAUGCAUUUCUUCAUUGCUUAUGAAGCCAGGAAUAUGUAGUGAAACUCGGGAGCUAUCGACCCUAAUCAAUGUUUUUUGGUUAGUGAAUCAAAUUUCUGUUGAUAUUAUUUGAAGAACAUCCUUUUCAUAUAACAUUUAACAUAUAACUUUGCAGUGCUCUAUUAAUUUUAAUGUCAAUCAUUUUAUAUCAAUACUAAAGCCAUAAACUGGUACAUGUCAUCGCAGCGUGAGGUCUUAAUUAGAAUCCUAGCACUAUUACAAAGGAAGACGUUACUUGAAACAAAAAAUCGCAUGUUAAAAUGUCUAAAACGGCACUAUUCGACUCAUCCUUGGAGACCCAGGGGCAGAUAGUGGGGAGGAGGUAGAGUCUGAUCGGGCAGAAAAAUGUGGCACGAAGAAAAGUAAAGAACGGCGAGAAGAGCCCCUGGGGACAAUGUCUUACCAGACCAGUUCCAAAUGGCCGCCGCCGCUCUGGCUUCUGAUUGGUGCCAGAAAACUUGUGUUUUUCUGGCACCAAUCAGAAGCCAGAACAGAGGCAACCGUUUGGAACUGGUCUGGUAAGACAUUGUCCCCAGGGGCUCUUCUCGCCAUUCUUUACUUUUCUUCGUUCCAUAUAUAUUUUUCCGCCCGUUUAGACUUUCUCUCGCCCCCUUUAUCUGCCCCUGGGUCUCCGAGGAUGUAUUCGACUGUGCAAUCGGUGAAAAAUGUUGCAGUGUUGAUGGAGGAUGGGGUAUUUGCCCUCUUUUUUUGUCCCCACCCUGGGGGAUUUGACAGGUCAAGAGUGCCCACCCCAGGGAAUUUGUCAUCCAAGGCAAAAAAAGUGCUAACCGCCCGGGCGCAGCUAGAAUUUACUAAUGCAUUAAACUGGAGUCUGAUCCGGCAAAACUGAUCAAUGACGAUUCAAGCUCACUGACGCCGAGGACAUUGCAAAUUAAUCAAGGAACCUAAUUUGGAACAAUUUAAAUGCCAAUAUUCAUUUUAUUUGAUGUGAUUAAUUUUAUUUUAUUUUAUCGCAGAAUAGAACAAAAUAUUUAGGUCGCACGACUUCUAGUGAGCGUAUUUGAAAUAAUCACCUUCCUCAAAUAAUCACCUUCCCUCAAAUAAUUGCCCCCUUUUGGUGCGAAAAAAGAAAUAAUUGCCCCAAGCUAUUAUCUGAGGAAAUACGGUAUAUGAAUUGGGCACCCAUCCCCAUAACCUCAGUUUCAAGACUAUUGUAACAGUAAUCAGUCAUGCAAUUUUGAAAAGUCAAGAGAUCCAUUGCUAGUUUUACUAAGGUGCUCAUUAUCUAUGAACAGAACUAUUAACUGUUGUUUUAGGCAACAGAUGUCAAAUGAAGGCGAUGAAAAUUGAGAUUCAGAUUACUACUUAAAAAACUGACAAAAAGGUAAUUUUUCAAGAUCAGCUUGAUGAGCAACUAAUCUUGAUCCACACGAAUUUAUGAGGAGUUUACACAAUUUUUGCUACAGGACUUCUGUACAUUGAAUUCGCCCCCAAAACCUUCACUUACCCACUUAGCAAGUUAAGAACAGAAUUUACUUUCCAGUCAUAAAAUCCAAAGCAAGCUCUCCACUUAUGGUGAGCAAAGCAAGCAGUAAAGACGCGAGGGGCAAAGGAAAGGAGAGCUUGCAACGAUCUCUCAUAAAUUUCCAUUUCUGCUUUACCCAGAUGAAGCGAAAUACCAUCCGCCAUUGGCUUAAAAAUGAGGUGUCAUCAAUAAAUUUUGAUCGAUGACAUUCCUGACUGACCCGCCAUAAAUACUUGCCUUACAAUGCUUAUUGACGUCUGGAAUAUUAUGAUUACUCUUUUCUCUCUGUGAUCGGACAGCGAUUUAUGAGGACAGUGUGGCUGUAUUUUUUACUGUUCAGUUUGGAUCUCAACUCUGCGGAAUAUAUAAGCGGGCAAAUCAGAAGGCUGAAAAGGGGUUGCCAGGAAAACAUUACGAUACAAAAUCUCUCCGUGUUGUUGUGUUUAAAAGUUUCCCCACAACAAAAGCAGUUGAUUUCAUAUCCAAGUGGAAGCGUGGGAGAUAGAAGUCCCCAAGAAAAACGACAAGCAUUGCAGUGAUGAAUAAACACUAUUUUUGCCAUAGUGGAAAGUAACAAAUACUAUUUUUGAUGAAUCCAAAGUUUAAACAGAUGCAACAGCUUUGCAAUUGAAGCAACAUGUUUCCGCUGAAUUCAAGGAAUAUUGUAGAUCCUACUCUGUUUCUAAGCUAUGAUCCAGACCAGAAGGUCCGGACCAAUUUAUUGUCUUCUUUUAGUAGUCUUUUCUCUGUGCAAAGUUGUAAUAUUCUGCUCCUGGAACCCUAGUGUAACUGGCACUUUUGACUUGGCCCGAUGUGGGUAUAAACUGACAAACAGCUGAGAAAACUCAGAAGAUUUUCCCACUCGACCCCCACUCGAUUACUGUAAAAGCCCAGAAUAAUCUAGCUACAUGUACAGAUGGUCACAAAUCAUGCUAAAAUUCACCACAUGCUUCAUCUACAGUUGUGUUAAUAAGAUUGAUGUUUACUUUUUACAGUUGUUACGUUCAGUUUCAAUUCAUGGUGCUCUUUUUUGCUUUGUACUACUUUUAUUAAAUUUAUUGAAAUGACCCACCUAAGGUAAGGAUGUCUUAUCUGAAAAUAUUCCCCCUAAAACCCCAAGCAUGGUUUUGAAAAUGACCCCCCAGAAAAAAAUUGCCAGCCCUCCCUCACAGGUGAUAAACAACCAUCCUCUAAGUUAAACUGUUUGGCAUUUUUUUGCAGUGUUUAUAAUUCUGACCCCGUUGAUGAUGGUGAGUGGAUAUUUGUCACUGAAGUUACUCAAACACAUUGAGAAAAGUGAGAAGGACAAGAAGAAAAAAUGUGAGUGAUAUUACAAUGUACCUUGUUUGGUACAAUAGAGUGGUUUUCGUUUGAGUGUCGUAAAACCAAAACCAAAGUAAUUACUCUGGCCAAUCACAUAGGACACAGACAAUACAUUGAACCAAUCAAAACUCGAAGUAAUUACAUGUGGCUGAUGCAAAGCGCGGGAAAAUGCAUGCGAGCGCGUCACAAUUGGCUUUGGUUUUACUUCUGAUUGGAUGAAAAGGUGGCGCGAAUCUUUUAAGCCAAUCGCAUCGUGUAGAAAGUGCAAAACCAAUUACUUUUCGACACUCAAAUGAAAACCGCUCUAAUGGGUCACAAAAUGUACAACAUAUGUGCAAAAUCAUCUAACAUUAAUUUAUCUAAUGAAUUAUAUUACAUUAUCCUUGCCUGGGCUGUAUAACAAUGUUCUGGAACUUAAAAUUAUUUAUGAUAAUUACCUAUGUAAUUUUUCUCAUUUUGCUUUUAAGCCCAUCAGCUUUUCAAUUUUUAACUUAAUUUUUAAUCUCCUUUGAUUACUCUCAAAAACCAAACUACAUUUUUACAUGAGGUGCUGUUACAAGAAAAGUACACCAUGGUAAAAGGCAUUUCCCAUGUUACUGAAGCUGUGUGGUAAAUUUUUACUUUGCUUAGUUUACCAUGCAUACGUGAAUUAAUUCCCAAGGUAGUUUAACCACUGUUAUGGCUUCAUUUGUGCUAUUGUGGUAUUUUAUGUUGAAAAUUUACGUAUAAUUUAGAGGGAAAUAUUUCAACUGGUUUGUUAGUCCUGAUAAUUUAGCAAAGGUUCACAGCAUCUUUUUCAAUCUCGUCCCUACCUUUUUACAGUUCAGCUGCAUCCCCUGUUCGAUUACAUGCUAGGAGUAGGAUUAUACUUUUGGGGAAUAUAACAAUGCCCCUAAAUUUAACGCAAUCUUAGCUCAUCUUAACGUGAAAUCUGCCAUAAAUGCCCUUGUUCCUUGGGUCAAAAGCCAAAGAAACCUGUUAACCCUUUAAGCCCCAGUAUCCACAUACAAAUUCUCCAGACUGAUCUCCUUACAUUUCCUAUAAGAAUGAGUUGAGAGAAUUUGAUAAAAGAUCAAGGCAUUUUCCCUUAGGUGAUCAUUUUAUUAAUUCUCAUAACCUAAUCUCUUGACAUUGUAUGGAUAUCGUUAAGAGAAAAUUGACGUUAGACACUAUUGGGACUUAAAGGGUUAAAAAAGAAGUUGUUUUCAAUUGUUGGUUUCAUGUUGGUGUCAAAUGAAGAAACCUGAUUGGCUCUCUUGCUAUCAGUUGCAAAAAGCCUUUGCCAUUUUCCACAUUGAAUGUCAUGAGAAGUUUCUUUCUUCUUUUUGAUAUACAUAACCAUGCAUAUUUCCCAUGGUAAAAGGCUCAUAUACAAUGUUAAAAGUCUCCCGUGUAACUGCAUCUAUUAAUUGAUAAAGAUCUGUUUUCAUUUUUUCUACUCAGCUGCUCGCCAAAGCAACAUUGCUAAAUCAAGACGUAGGGCAAAAGCUGACUGA